UUAAAAACACUGUUAAAUAAAAAAAUUAAAUUGAUUAAAAAAUCAUUAGUUCUUUGUUUUUAGAGGAAAAAAAAAUCAUUAGUUCUUGGAAAGUGGAAGAUUUCCAUAGAAGCAGACGUCUAGAGAUUGGAAUGAAGUACUAAAUCUUUUUAGCUCACUCUUUUUCUAAUCCAAAAAAAACUUUUACUUGCUUAUAAAGAUUAAAGCUUUAUAUCAUCAUCUUUUGAACAAUCAGUCAACUGAAGAAUUUGCCUGGUUGGGUAAGUCCAGGGUUUUAACUAAUUUGUUUGAAGUGGACUAAGGUGAGGAUGAUACUGAUGUAUGGGCAGUAGACUGGGUGCGGAAGAUGAGAAGGAAGCCAACGGGAUGCCGAGCUUUGAAUUACCCAUUUCAAAUGCACUUGGCAUAGAGGGGAGCACAAUCCAUUCAUAUCGAGUUUCUGAUUUUGUGGGAUUUGAUCAAUCUGUUGCAUUGCGAUUAGACGAUGCAGUUGAUCUGAGCACAAGAAUUGCAGAUACAGUGUUCAAUUCAGCCAAAGUAAGUAGCCAAGCGGUCUCUUCUGCUCCCCUCCGUAUCAGUUCUUUUGAUAAGUUUCCUACCAACUUUAACAUUAAUCCAUCUCCUAGCCAAUUGGAGUCUCAGCGACUGCCAUUAGAAAAGAGUCAACAAUUGAACAUUGUUGCUUUAUCUAGUGGUAAUACCGAGAAUUGGGAAGAGUCCAACAUGGCUGAUGGCAGUCCGAGGACGGAUGUGUCAACAGAUGGGGACACAGAUGAUAAAAAUCAGAGGUUUGACAGAGGUCAAUCUAUUGUUGUUGCAGCUUCUGAUUCCAGUGAUAGAUCAAAGGAUAAAAUGGAUCAGAAGACUCUUCGUAGACUUGCCCAAAAUAGAGAAGCUGCCAGGAAAAGCCGGUUAAGAAAGAAAGCCUAUGUCCAGCAGCUGGAGAGUAGUCGCUUGAAGCUGACCCAACUAGAACAGGAGCUUCAGCGAGCACGACAGCAGGGAAUCUUCAUAUCAAGCUCAGGAGACCAAGCUCAUUCAAUGAGUGGAAAUGGGGCCAUGGCAUUUGAUGUGGAAUAUGCCCGGUGGCUAGAAGAGCAAAAUCGACAAGUUAAUGAACUUAGAUCAGCUGUCAAUUCACAUGCAGGUGACGCUGAACUUCGCAUUAUCAUUGAUGGUGUAAUGGCUCAUUAUGAUGAAAUUUUUAGGCUAAAGACCAAUGCUGCCAAGGCCGAUGUUUUCCAUUUGCUUUCUGGCAUGUGGAAGACACCAGCUGAGAGAUGUUUUUUGUGGCUUGGAGGCUUCCGGUCAUCUGAGCUCCUCAAGCUUCUUGUGAACCAAUUGGAGCCUUUAACUGAGCAGCAGUUGGUGGGUCUUGGUAAUUUACAGCAAUCUUCCCAACAAGCGGAAGAUGCUUUAUCUCAAGGAAUGGAGGCGUUACAGCAGUCUCUGGCCGAGACAUUAUCUAGUGGAUCUCUCGGUUCAUCAGGUUCAUCUGGAAAUGUGGCAAAUUACAUGGGUCAGAUGGCUAUGGCCAUGGGAAAGCUAGGGACCCUAGAAGGUUUCAUUCGUCAGGCUGAUAAUUUACGGCAGCAGACUCUACAACAGAUGCACCGAAUAUUGACAACCCGCCAAUCGGCUCGUGCACUCCUUGCCAUACACGAUUACUUCUCAAGAUUACGUGCUCUUAGUUCGCUUUGGCUUGCACGACCAAGAGAGUGAAGUUUGCAGUAGAAAAGUUUGAGCCGUAUUCAGAUCCACCAAUGGUAAAUGGUUUCUAGUGUUUAAAAGAUGUAAUUUUUCUUCUACAUUGCUUGUGUUGUAGUUUAAUGUAUCAUGAGAACUAGUCUGUAUUAGUCAUCUUUAGUCAUCUCACAGCCAGAGAAUCUGACUACUUCAAAAACAUAUGUAUCAAUGUCAAUUAUUUAUAUCCUUUCCAUUGUGUAAUAGGAAUUUGGCUGUGCUUGUAACUAAACAUUUUGCAAUGAAUUUGAGGUUUGAGACACAAAAGAAAUAAAGAGUUGUUCAUUUGUUAUAUCAAA